UUUAUAAAGAUUAUAAAGAAUUAUCACUAAGCGUUCCGAUGUUUCAUUUUUGCAAGAAAACAGUUUUCUGACUUCAGUUUAUAUUGUUUUAAAACUACUUAUUUUUAAUAAAAUGGAAGAAUUAAAUACGGAACCUAAAGAAAAAUGUGGAGAGACAAACGAAUCGAAUUUAGAAACGAAGCCUGGAUUAUUAAUAAUCAACUCCUAUUUAAAUCAAAUCAAUCCAGAUUUACAAGAUGUUCAAUCUGAUAUUAAAGAAGUAGUUGGCAAACAAAAACUGCUAAUAGAUGCUAUGCUCAAAGAAAAUGAAGAAUUGUCUAAUUUACUAAACGAAUCAGAAGUUCAAAAUAUGUUCUUAUCUAUUAAACAUUGUCACGGGCAACUGGUUGAAUUAAAAAAAAAACUCAUGUUUUUACACAAGAAAACUAUGACAUUAGAAAAAAGAGCUAAUGUUUUACGGGUGGCCAAACAAAGAGAAGCAUUACAAAGAGAACAUCAAAAAGAAUCAAUGUUGGUACGGGAGCAAGAACUUAUAUCAAAACAGACAUAGAAUUAUCUACUUUAAAUACAGAGAAAAUUCAUAGUUAAUUAAGUAUUCAUUAUUUACAUAAUGUCUAUUAAUCAAAAUUUAUUAGAUUUCUGUAUUUUGUUUUUAAGUUGUAAAAAUUAAAUACAUAUAGUUGAUAAAUGCUUAAGAUUUAUUAAACAUUUAAAAAGAUAAUAUUAUAUUAUUAUAUUUACUAAUGUAAGGUUUAUGUUUAAAAAUGUAAUCCAUUCAUAUAUCAUAAUAUACAGAAUGUUACAAAAAGAACUAUUCAAAUGUGAUAAACCAUCUGUUAUAAUUUUUGUUCUUUAUUAUUUACUAAUAUUUUUCUUAUGAAAUGCUUGGAGCUCUUAUUCUAAUUGAAUAUUUAAAAAAUAUUUAUGUGGUAUAAUUAUGAAUAAUCAUAAAAUUAAUAUUAAUUUUUUUCAUCUUUUAACACGUUCACUUUUUUCUUACAUCAAUUGGUGUCUUGAGGAUCAUUUGAUAGCGUCUUUGAUUAGUUAGUUCUCUAUGUAAAUGCUGUUAACUUUGUAUAUUAUAUAAUUUACAUAUUGAAAUAAAUUAUCUAAAUUUUAUGUUAUUGACAUUUGACUUAUGUUACUUCUUACAAUACUUUAAUCUAUUUUAUAUUUAAAUAAAUUGUCUUACAUAAUAUAAUUUAAUAAACUAUAAGUUAAUUAUUUUUCUUAACUAAUUUAUUCUAUAUUGUAAAUUUAUGAUGAUUAUAAAAAAUAUAUAUAAUGAUUUAUUUGA